GGGGGUCUAUAAUUAUGCUACAGGCAUUUUCCAGUUUUCUCCAAUUUUUUUCUCCAAAGAACAAGAGAUAAAAGAGAGAUGCUAGAGCAUCAGAUAGUCGUAAUUAGUCUCACGUAGAUGCACACCUAGCAGAUCAAUAUCAUUCCUUAUUGUAAUAAAAUAAACAUUUUUCUAUGUACAUAUGAGGGGGGUCUAUAAUUAUGACAACCCCUGUAUAUGUUAAAAAGUAUUGCUGUUCAAUAUCUUACAACACAAAUACUUUGCUAAUUUAAAAAUGAUGUCUAAUUGAAUAUCAUAAUAUUAUUUCUUGUGAAUAUCAUCCAACAAUGAUUUUCGCGUUAAAUCAAGAUCAUGAAUAUAUAAUUGAUUUACAUUCAUUAGUGAAUAUAAUACAUCGAUUUUAUUCAUUUUACUAAUAAUAGCAAGUUAUAUCUCAUUUGGCAAGUCAAGCAUAGGGUGUGGGUGGGUGUGGGUUAGUCUUGGAUCCUACCUCACCCACACCCACACCCACACCCUGUGGGCACAACAGCAUAAAAAUUACAACUGGGACAAUGUGAUUUCUACCGACGAGAAGAAUUUUAAACUAGGCAAAAGCGGAAGAAAAGUUUGUCGGUUUCCAGGUAUUACCAAGGUUGUUCGUACAGUUAAACAUCCUCUCAAGUUACACGUAUGGGGCUGUUUUUCAAGAAACGGUUUCGAUCGACUCAUUGUCUUUGAUCAGAACUUGACAGGUGAUUUAAUGUGCGAUCUCUACGAAACCGGUCUUCUGCCUACUGCUGAAGAUCAAUUUCCUGAAGGUCCUACAAGUUGGUUUCUACAAGAAGAUAACAAUUCAAAACACAGGUCCCCUUUAGCGCUCUAGUGGAAAUAUGAUAAUCAAAUUCAAGUUCUGCCAUGGUCUCCUGCAUCACCAGAUCAAAACACGAUUGAAAAUGUUUGGUCGAUUAUGAAGGAUAUAAUAAGUAAAAAAAAAACAAUUCGAACAAUUCGUGAAUUCGAACAAGAAAUAAUAAUGGCAUGGAAUAACCUGCCAUUUGAUUUAGCUGUGACAUUAGUUGAUAGUACGAAAAAUCGCAUACACUGCUUAAUCGAAGCAAAUGGCGAUUAUACAUAAUACUACAAUAAAACACUUAAAACGAUACCUCUAUUUGAUAAUAAAUUUAAUAUAAAAUAUUGCAGGAUAGAAAAAAUAGGGAGGGGGGAAAGACUUUUGUCCAGGGGUGUAUAUAUAUAUAAUCACUAAAUUUUAAAUUAACUGAUGAAAACAAGAUCGAACUGCGUCGUAGUUUGCUUCACUUACCAUUGUUAUACGGAUAUCUACUAAAUACAGGAGAACGCUUAAAUGCGUCUAGUUUUACUAAAUAUCGAAAAGUAGCCGGAUUAAUUAUUAUAUAUUCAAUUCCAGAACAAACUGUUAUUGAUUGUCUUCAAAGUCCGAUUACUCUAAUGAGUAGUGAUGAUACACUUCAUGGUCAUUAUGCUCGUAAAUGUGGUAAAAUAAUAUUAGCAGACGCUAUAAGAGAAAUAUUUCUCUUACCAAUACAAAGAUUAGAAAGUGUCUUUUCGUUACAAAUGAAAACUAAAGAUCGUAUUUAUCUUUAUGUUACGAUUGAUUUACGUAUAUUUGAUUCGGUGACAGUAAAAGAUUGUACAAUUUAUAAGCAACUGUAG